AGGGAACAUGUUUAACACCUUCUGAGCCAUUUCUGCAUUUCACCCAGGACAUUUUUAAAUGGAAACCUAAGGCACUGUAUCUGGUCCUGUCUGUAUCAGUCCACCAUGUUGGAGAAUUUGUCCCGCAGGAAUCGGUCCUUGCUGUCUCUCUCGCUGACCUCUCUGGCCCUAGCGCUCUCUGUUUUGGCCUUCUGUACCUCAUACUGGUGCGAGGGGACACAUAAAGUGGUCAAACCUCUCUGUCUGUCACCAGUCAAAAUGAAGAACUGCGGGCAGAACAACAGCCAGCCUUACACAACUGAGGUCCCAACAGCAGACCCCAAGAAAGCAGACUCCAAUGUGACAAUGUCCCCCAAGCAGAAGGAGGAACUGGCCCGUAUGAGAGCCAGAAAUCUUGCAAAUGCAGUUCACUACAUCUGGGAGACGGGUGAAGACAAAUACAUGCUGCGCUACUUUCACACUGGCUUCUGGUUGUCCUGUGAGAAACACAAUGACGGGGCUGGUGAGGGCAAAUGGUUCAGUAUUCUUCUUUCUGAUAUCUGUUAGCUUUUAAUGAUGAUGUUAAGUGAUAAAUCAUCAAAAUUCACUUUUAUUGACAGUUAUUUUGCAGCUGUUUGGCUGGAGACUUUAUAUAAAAUUCCAAUGAAUGGAAUUCAAUUCGGGUUCAAAGAAAAUUAGUACAACACACUUUUAACACAUAAAGCAACUACUGUCAUAUGGCCAACUGUCAAAGCUGUUCUUGAUACUAAUGUCCUGAUUCAGUCCCUUUGAACAUCUGUUUCCUGUUGAGGCCUUUCUUAACACUUAAACUGCCAUGGGGUCACCCCAGUUCUCAACAUCUGCUACAACAAGACAGUCUUACACAACUCAGAGGACAUGUCUCU